UCUUCGUGUUGUAAAUGUUGAAUGAAUUUCCACAUAGAUGGAUGAUCACAAUUAAAUAUUGAUUUUAAACGAGCAUGCCAUGAUUCAGCCCCGUUUGUUGUUCGUACCAAACCAUCUGUUAUACGAAUAUUUAUAUUCCAAAAUGCUAAAUCAUAUUGAGGAAAAAUUCGACCCUUAUAGUACUUUUUCAGUUAUUCUUGUGCGUCUAUUUACUUUAUGGUUAUCGUUCAGUUAUCUAGGAAAAUUCAUGCGACGAAAUGUCAUUCGAUGAAAAGUUCAUGCGAUGAAAACCUUUCGAUGAAAAGUCGCUCGACGAAAAGUCCAUGCGAUGAAAAGUCCGUGCGAUGAAAAAUCUUUCGACGAAAUGUUGUCGAUGAAAUGUCGUUCGAUGAAAAUACGUUCGAUGAUUUGUCGUUACCCCCUUUACAGCACAAAAAAAUUAAAUGACUAGCUCUUUUUUCCAAACCAAUACAUUAAUUUGUAUCUAAUCCAUGUUAUUUUUUCGCUUUUUUAUUUAGAUCAAAAUCGAUUUUGGAACAAAUGAUUAAGAAUUUAAUCAAUAUUUCUGAUGAUCAAGUGGUGCUUGAUUAUCUAGCUCAACAGUAUUUUCAUCCACAAAAUAUUGAACUUAUUAAAUCAGGUCAUCGACAAGAUGUAGUAAUUAAACUACGUCUUUAUGAAUAUUUAAUAUCAUUGUGUUUACUCGAUUUCAAGAUUUUUGAUUUUAUUGUUAAUGAUAAACAUCAAUUGUUAUCACAAUUUUUCUAUGAUUGUUUACAUUCAGAUUCAGACGUAUUAUUUCUAAUGAACUGUAUUGAACUGUUGACAUUAUUAACAGAAAAAUUGUAUACACUCGAUUAUUUACAAAAUAAAACAACAAUUAUGGAUCAUUUUCUACGUUUAUUAAUGGAAAAUGACGAUGAUCUAUUAAAACCAGCAUUUAUUAAACUAUUUGGAUGUUAUAUUAGAAAUUAUAUGCAAUUAAUAUCGGAACAAACAACAAUGGAUACAACAACACCAAGUUCAACAAAUAUUCAAUUAUUUAAUCGAUUUAUACCAUUUUUAUUUGAUAUUCUAUUACUAUCAGACAUGCAAAAAACAUCUUUGACUUUUAUUAGUUUAGAUACAAUUGGUUUUAUUGGAAAAACGUUUGUUGGUAAAAGAUAUAUGGUGAAUAAUAUGGAAACAAAAUUUUUUGAUUGUAUUCAAAAACUAAUACAAAUGAUUCGUUCUUAUCAAUCAGAUAUACGUGUACGAUCUAUGUUAUGUUUAGCUGAUCUAUUUUAUUUAAAAGAAAAUGAACGAAAUCAGUUUGGAUGGGAAGUGACAGAAAAAAUUUAUACACAUUGUAAUCAUACCUAUGCAUUACUAACAUUACUUACACAAAUAGCAAAGCAACCAUUUAUUGAUCUAAGAUUAGCUUCACACAAAGUUUUCUUGAAUAUGACCUAUUCUAAAUGGGCUAUUGAUGCGAUGAGCAACGAACCAGGUUUUAUUGAAUAUCUAUUAAAUCGACAAAGUGAAAGAGAAAAACCAGGAAAAGAAUCGAAAUAUCAAAUUAUAAAAUCUUUAUGCUCUCAAGAAAAUGAAGAACUUCAAGCACAUAUUCAGAAUACAGUGGGCAAUGUAACGUAUUUAAAAUUUAGACGAUAUGCUAAUGAAGGAGCAUUUUUUGUUCAACCAGAAUCAAACGUAGCAUUCGACGGUGCAAAUGAUUAA